UCUCGCCACGGGGGCGAAGGAAUCGUACGCGGCGCGGUACCUGGUUGCGGCGACGGGGGCGAACGCGGAGGCGGUGGUGCCGGAGAUUCUAGGGCUCGAGGGGUUCCCCGGACCGGUCCUCCACUCGAGCCGGUUCCGGUCCGGUUCGGAGUACAAGGGAAAAGCGGUUCUCGUGGUCGGGGGUGGGAACUCCGGGAUGGAGAUCGCCCUGGAUCUCGCGGAGUCCGGGGCGAAAACCUCGAUCGUAGUGCGGAGCCCGCUUCAUUUGGUUACGAGGGAGAUAUGGCUCUUGGGUAUGCAUUUGAGGAAGUUCCUUCCUCUGUACCUCGUGGAUGCACUCGCUCUUUUCCUUUGUUAUCUGAAGUUUGGGGAUACAUCCAAGUAUGAAAUACAUAGACCAACCAAAGGACCCUUUUAUUUGAAAGCAAACUCUCCCGUAUUUCCUGUUAUGGAUGUUGGCACAUUCGACAAGAUCAAGGCCAGAGAAAUUCAGGUUUUACCUUCCAUAACCAGAAUAAACAGCAAUAGCGUGACAUUUGCCAACGGCAAGGUAGAAUACUUCGAUGCCAUAAUUCUUGCGACGGGCUAUCGAGCUACGACGAAAGAGUGGCUAAAGGGUGAUGACUAUCUUAUUGACGACGACAGCAUGGCUAAGCAAAAGUAUCCAAACAACUGGAAAGGAAAGAAUGGUCUUUACUGUGCUGGGCUUGGAAGAAGAGGGAUUCCUGGAACUUCAGAGGAUGCACUGAAGAUAGCCAAGGACAUCUAUGAGAGUUCUUGUUGUGAAUAACUUAAAACAUAGUGCAGAGGCAACAUUUGUUAGCAAAAUCAUUUUGUGACAAUGAAUAACUAAAUCUCCAAUUAAAAUGGCAAUCAAUUUGAUUGCCAAUCGCGAUUUUUUGGUACUUUA